CCAAAUCAGGCACAGCCAAGAAAAUGUUGCACUUUGAGAUUUCCAAGGAAGGCAGUGAAUUAUCAGUGGUGGAACAUGCUGAAGUGUGGCUUUUCCUGAAGGUCUCCAAGGCCAACCGCAGCAGGACAAAAGUCACCAUCCGCCUGUUUCAACAGCAGCGGCAGCCAAAAGGCAACUCUGAAGGAGCAGAAGAUAUGGAGGACGGGGGGCUGAAAGGUGAAAGGAGUGAGACUUUGAUUUCCGAAAAGGCGGUGGACACUCGUAAGAGCACUUGGCACAUCUUUCCUGUCUCCAGCAGCGUCCAGAGGCUCCUGGACCAAGGCAAGAACUCUCUGGAUGUGCGGAUUGCCUGUGACCUGUGCCAAGAGUCUGGAGCCAGCCUGGUGCUACUGGGCAAGAAAAAGAAAAAGGAAGAUGACGGGGAAGGGAAAGAAAAGGAAGCCGGAGAAGUCACAGGAGAAGAGGAGAAGGAGCAGUCACAUCGCCCCUUCCUGAUGAUGCUUGCCCGGCACUCAGAGGACCGCCAGCACAGGCGGCGGAGACGAGGCCUGGAAUGCGAUGGCAAAGUCAACAUCUGCUGCAAGAAGCAGUUCUUUGUCAGCUUCAAGGACAUAGGAUGGAGUGACUGGAUCAUUGCACCUACAGGUUAUCACGCCAACUACUGCGAAGGAGAGUGCCCCAGCCAUAUAGCAGGCACAUCUGGUUCGUCGUUAUCUUUCCACUCCACUGUUAUCAACCAUUACCGCAUGCGGGGCCACAGCCCCUUUGCUAACCUCAAGUCGUGUUGCGUGCCCACCAAGCUGCGGCCCAUGUCCAUGCUGUACUACGACGACGGCCAGAACAUCAUUAAGAAAGACAUACAGAACAUGAUUGUGGAGGAGUGUGGCUGUUCAUAGACACGAGUGUGCACAAGACCCUUCUCAUUAAGUUGAGAAGAAAAGGUAUCAAAAGCCCAAGAAAAGGAAAGACUGGACAUGGUAUAAACUUUUUUUUUUUGAAUGAAACAAUCAUCAGAAAUAAAAGCAAAAACAAAAGAGAGAAGAAAGAAAAAAAGA